AUCAUCUUUAGUUAUACCCAAAUGAAGAAAGGAAAAAAGACAAAGUAUAUGGUGGUAGGUUAAGGAUCGUGAGAGGCAGGAGAUCAGUCCACGCUCUUCUUCUCUUCUCCUAUAACUCUCAACUUCGUCUUCUUCCUUUAAACACUCAAUUUCUCAUUCACAUUCUCGAUUUCAUUUCUACCUGCAAAUUCAAACAAACAUGAGAACUCUUCUUCCUUCUUCUCCUCACAAUCUCAAUCCAAUGCUCCGAUCUUCCCAUUCUCCGACGACGGCGACGACAACAUCCUCACGGAGACGCUUCAUACAUUGCGUUAAGAGAUCCGACUCUUACGCCAUUAAUUCCAGUAGCUCAGAUUGGAAAAGCUCUUGCGCCAUUCUCUCUAGCAAAGUCGUUUCUCAGGAACAAUCCGAAUCUCCAGUCUCCGCCGUCAACGGCUGCGCCGAGAUCUCUGGAUUGAAUCUAGUACCAUUCGAUGACGACGACAACAAAUCGCUGGUUCAAAAUCAUCAAUCGAAGAAGAAACCUCUUUCCAUUACCGAUCUAUCUCCCGCUCCGAUGCACGGAUCUAAUCUCCGAGUCGCGUACCAAGGCGUUCCCGGAGCUUAUUCAGAAGCCGCCGCCGGUAAAGCUUACCCUAACUGCCAAGCGAUUCCUUGCGAUCAAUUCGAAGUCGCGUUUCAAGCGGUUGAGCUCUGGAUCGCGGAUCGCGCGGUUUUACCUGUUGAAAACUCUCUCGGUGGCUCGAUUCAUCGGAAUUACGAUCUUCUCCUCCGUCACCGUCUCCACAUCGUCGGCGAGGUUCAGCUCCCUGUUCACCACUGUCUCAUGGCUCUUCCCGGCGUGAGAAAAGAGUUCCUCACGCGCGUCAUCUCUCACCCUCAGGGACUCGCUCAGUGCGAGCACACGCUCACGAGACUCGGUCUCAACGUGGCGCGUGAAGCCGUCGACGACACGGCCGGAGCCGCCGAGUUCAUCGCGGCCAACAACAUCCGCGAUACAGCCGCGAUUGCGAGCGCACGCGCCGCUGAGAUCUACGGGCUCGAGAUCCUCGAGGAUGGGAUCCAGGACGACGCGAGUAACGUCACGCGCUUCGUGAUGCUGGCGCGUGAGCCGAUUAUACCGAGGACGGACCGGCCGUUCAAGACGAGCAUCGUGUUCGCGCACGAGAAAGGCACGUGCGUACUGUUCAAGGUGCUCUCGGCUUUCGCGUUUAGGAACAUUAGCUUGACGAAGAUUGAGUCGAGGCCGAAUCACAAUGUACCGAUCAGGCUCGUCGACGAGGCCAACGUUGGGACGGCGAAGCAUUUUGAGUAUAUGUUCUAUAUUGAUUUCGAGGCCUCGAUGGCGGAGGCGCGUGCGCAGAACGCGCUCGCUGAGGUUCAGGAGUUUACUUCGUUCUUACGUGUCUUGGGGAGUUAUCCUAUGGAUAUGACUUCUUGGUCACCAUCACCAUCCACCAUGUCUUCUUCUUCAUCUUCAUCAUCUUCUACAUUUUCUUUGUAACAGUGUAAUCAAAAGAAAGUGACAAUUCCACACAAAAAAUAUUUGGGAAUGUAAAUCUGGAGAAGAAAGUUAUAACUUGUUUUGAAGAAAAUAGAGAGUUU